AAAAGGACGUGGAAAAAAGCAUAAGAAAACAAAUCCUCGCUCGCAGUUGCGCAGAAGUGGUCUAGUCAAACCCGGAUGUAACCAACGCCUAAUUGCCGGAGAAAAACGGUGAGUACUUUUCUGACAACGAGGGAAAUUAAUUUGUUUUAGUUUAAUACAUUUGAAGACAGUCAUAGUGUAGAUUCGUCCAUAGUUAUAUAUUAGUGCCUACUAUACGUAAGAAAUGUUGAAUUGUCGUUAACUACCAUAAGCGACUUUUUAGGAAAGUAGGUAGUUAGUAAGCAAUCACAGGCUAACUGAGUGAGGGCGGUGCUUGCCAGCCGACCCAAAUUGUCAUAACUUUGAAAACUUGCAUGAUAUGCGGCUAGUCUCGAAUGUUUUGGACUGUACAAAAUAACCAACUAUCAGCAAUGUUUUAUGACAAUCUAACUUUGCCGUGAGUAACUUAGCUAGUCAGCUAACUUUACCCAAAAUGAUCUGGCUAGCUAUAUGUUUAACGUUAGUGUCUCCCGAAUAGCCGGUACUUGCUAACGCGUUUGGUAUGAAAGUAUUGCUCAAUUUUGCCUGACACAAUUUGCUCUACUCUGUACAAAGUAAGGUUUAGCUUUCACAUUCAUUUUAGAGUGACUGAGGCGCUAAUGGCUAGUUACAGAUUGUUACACCAGAUAAUGUGUGAAACCAAAUAUUUUUGGUAUCCAUUACUGGGAGUUACAGGUUAGGUACUGUAAGCACAGAAUUUGACCAACCUUAAUGAUAGUCUUCGUUGUCAAUUCGGCGAAACAUGUAGAUUCUAAAAUGUAUGUGUUCAGUUGCAGGUGGUGCGUUUGAAUUUAGAAAAUGCUGUUAUUAAAAUAAAUCAAUGUUUUGCUCCAUGAAGUAAUCAAACAAUGUGUACGGCGCCAUCUUAGUGUUGGUCGAAAAUUAUCUGUGCUACACCAAACACUACCUAACCUGUAACCCCCAGUAAUAGAUCGCCAAAAUCUUUGGUUAAAACACAUUAUCUGGUGAAGCUAUGUCAUGGCCGGCUUGCUGUCCCUGCAUUUUUCUGGGAAAUAUGGGUGCAUUUAGACACGUUUUUUUCUCUCCACUAAUUGGUCGUUGACCAAUCACGUCAGAUCUUUUCACAUCAGAUUUUUUUUCAGAGCUGAUCUGAUUGAUCAAAACACCAAUUACUGGAGAGAGAAAAAGGUCAGAAUUGGGCCCCUCCACUACAUUUGCUGGCUGCCAAAGUUAGGCAGGGAUGUAGCUCAGUUGAUAGAGCAUGGCUUUGCAACGCCAGGGUUGUGGGUUCGAUUUCCAUGGGGGGCCAGUAUAAAAACAUGUAUUCACUAACUGUAAGUCGCUCUGGAUAAGAGCGUCUGCUAAAUGACAAAAAAAUAAAAAAAAUAAGUUAAGGCAAAACUGUAGAGCCAAUUGUUUAUUCAUAAGAAAUGUCAUUUCCUUUCACGUGUUUAGGUAUAGACUAGCUGCUUUUAGAAACGCAACAAUUUACACACUAGCGUUGCUGGGAAUUUGCUUGCAAAAAUCCCGACUAGUCCGCCAGAAGUUAAAUAACAUUUAAUUUCAAUUUACUCUGUUGAUUGUCUGUAGGCUUGGUCCUUAUGCAGGGGGGAAUUUGUGUUAAAAAAAAAAAAAACACAUCUAGUGGAACGUAUAAUUAAACAGAAUUUCCAAACGUGGGUCUGUUGUAGACCCAUGCAGUUCCUCAGCGAGGUCAGUUCCUCUCUGCAUCAUGUCAAAAAUAAAAAUCCCUCAGAGGUUCUUGCUUUUUUUUGUGCAUGUAUGGCACACGUGCAUGACAUUUAUUUUGACAUGAAGAAAGCGGAGAGGAAGUGGGUCUACCCCAGAGGUCCACGUUUGGAAAGUCUGUUUAAUGUAUGUAAUAUGACCUGGGUUUUUUUCUCAAUUUCCCCCUGCAUAAGGACUAACCCUAAGGACAAUCGGCAGAGUAAGUCUAAAUAUAAUUUUAUUUAACCUCUGACUUCCGGCGGACUAUCGCAUAUUUUUUUCAUGGUAAUUCCUGGCAACACUAGUGUGGAAAUACUAGCGUUGCUAAAAGCAGCUAGGUAUAGACUACCCUUUUCUAAUGUGUUAAUCUACUUAUUCAGCAGAAGUAACGAUUUGACAUUAGAAUCUUAAAUCAGGCAAAACGCAACAAGUAGUCAUGACUGUAAAUCAUGUCGCUUCCCUUUCCCUGUCAUGUCUUUGCUAUGCAAGUAUGCGGAAGUUAACGUUGUCCGCAACAUUCAAGUGUAGCUGUAACUGGAAGUAACUUUGUAUUACAUAGCACCAAGUUUGUCACGGAGACAUAUUUUUGGGGAAGUCCAGGCUUCCUUCCUUUUAUUAUAAUAAUAUGCCAUUUAGCAGACGCUUUUAUCCAAAGCGACUUACAGUCAUACUUUUGACUAUUAGAAGUCCCCCCCCCCUUUCCCCAUAAAGGAUCGAUUUGUGACAAUCAGCAUGUUUCAAAUGCGGUCAAGCAUCGUUUGUGGUUUGAUGAUCCUUGUUUUGAACAUUAGCCAAACACACAAUGAACAUUACCUGUCUGUACAUCAAUAGACUACAGGCCAGGCAGACUGUGUUAUUGCUAAUCGCGGUGCUGUUGUCAUCUCCACUCUGUCUGGUUCUGUUGUUUUUGGUUUCCCAGUUACUGUUAAUUUGUGGAGUCACAAGCAAGGUCUCAAAUGUGUCCUUCGUGAGAUAGUAACUCUACUAUGUUAUGACUGGUGUAUGUGUGUCCUCUGUCUGUGUCUGUCUGUCUCUCUCUGUGUGUAGAUGCAGACUAUAAAGUGUGUAGUGGUGGGGGACGGAGCUGUAGGAAAGACCUGUCUACUGAUCUCCUACACAACCAACAAGUUCCCCUCAGAAUAUGUGCCUACGGUAAGAGGUGGGCAGGGGAGGGUGUAAGUAGGGGCAGAUGAGUCACAUCCUAAACACUGUGGAGGUCAAUGGGGUGAUGUCCAGAGAGCUGAGUAGGAAGGGAGAAUGGGCUGUAACACCAUAACCAGCCUGCCAGUUGGGGUAAUGUUUGAUAUGAGCCUUUUUUUAAAACGUUUAUCUUAUUUUAGAUGGGUAACAUCCCUUUACCUUUUUUACUCAUUCUUUUGUGUCUCAUGUGUGCAGGUGUUUGAUAAUUAUGCAGUGACUGUGAUGAUCGGAGGGGAACCCUACACACUUGGGCUUUUCGACACAGCAGGUAAUCUGUCUCUGUCUGUCUGUGUCAAUUUAUGCUUUUAUGUCUGUACAUCCUUUUGUUAAGCAGUUGCUAUGCUACAACUCAGUCCUAGUCUGCCUUUGUUCUUUCUUGAGAACAUAUGUCUUGUAAAUGCAACUCAACCAGUUGAAUCAUUCAAUGUCACAUUCGUUUAAUUGUGUCACAGCAUUCUCUCCCUCUGAUUGGUCGUCUCAGGUCAGGAGGAUUACGAUAGGCUGCGACCUCUCAGCUACCCGCAGACGGACGUCUUCCUCAUCUGUUUCUCCUGUGUCUCGCCCUCAUCCUUUGAGAACGUCAGAGAGAAGGUCAGUGUUGGUCUCUGAGUCGCCACACCUCAACUUUUUCCCUUGUAUUAUUACCCAUAGAGAAACUUGUAGAUGAUAGGUCUGAACCCUUUCCUUAGCCACUUCACCUUCUGUUAUUGCAGAAGAUCCCUCAAAGCCCAUUGGAAGGCUAUGUGAAGACAUCCUCAUAUUGCUUACAUCAGGGAUGGGCAACUUUGAUGGGGCCGCAGUGGCACACGGGUCUGUGUACCCACAUCCAUUCCCACACAUGCAGUCAGAACCGGCCUUAGCCUUUCAGGGGCCCUAAGUUUUCUUGCGAGCAAAACAGUGAAGUUUUAGAGUUAAUUUCCUGCAAUUCUACACAUUUUGCCAUGGAGCAUAGAGAAAAUGUUUCAGUUUUAAAGUAAUUUUGCUGCAAUUCUAUACAUUUUGCCAUGGGGCGGAGAGAAGAUUUCUUCAAUUCUACACACUUUGCUGUAGGGUGGAGAGAAAUGUUUGCAGUUUUUUAUAUGAUAUCUGAGUCAGCGUGAAUAGCAAAGUUAAUGGGGGCCCCCCGGUCAGUAAUUCGACCAUGAUUACUACAAGUUUAGAUGGCUGGCUAGACUAACUUACCAAUCUAAAAAUUCUUAGUUGACAUGGCUAAUUCAGUGACUGUCAGUGACUAACAAGAUAAACUGCUGAUGCACAACCACAUUUCAAAAUUGCACAUUGUAUUCUACUAUUCUAACUCUCAACAGUAAGUUCAGACUCCGAAUGAGUUCCUAACACACAGUCUGACCUCUGUGUAUCCUUCGACCCCUGUAGUGGGUUCCAGAGAUCUCCCAUCACUGUCCUCGUACACCCUUCCUGUUGGUGGGCACCCAAGUGGAUCUGAGGGACGACAGCAACACUGUGGAGAAGCUGGCCAAGAACAAACAGCGCCCCCUGUCCCCUGAGAGCGGAGACAAGCUGGCCCGGGACCUUAGGGCCGUCAAAUAUGUGGAGUGCUCCGCCCUCACGCAGGUAAGGGGCCAAGGAUUAUGAUGAUGUUACAUGGUUAGGGGGGAAAAAGGGCUGUUGAGGAACCCCUGGCGGCUGAAACAUUGCUAUACUUCACAAAAUAGGUUAGAAUACCUUUAUAAACCAUGAAAAGUCAAUGCAAACUCUCUCUUCUCUCUCUCUCUCAGAGGGGGCUGAAGAACGUGUUUGACGAGGCCAUCCUGGCAGCUUUGGAACCUCCUGAGACUAAACCCAAGAAACGCUGUGUCCUGCUAUAA